AGAACUGAGAAGCGGCAUUUCGGCGCCUCGAGAUCUCAUCGCUACGAGUCGCGGGGAAUCUUGGCUCGAUUGACCGGACCGGACCGGUCCGGUUCGUCUAGAAAUCAAUCGCCUAUUUCUCGUUUCUUCAUCGUUACAUCCCAGCGAGACGGAGACGGAGACGGAGACGGCGAGACGGAGGCGGCGAUAAUGGGUUCACCGGUGGUGUAGAUGGGAUCAGAGUUAGAGCUGUACGCUAUGCGGCCUGUCGCUGUCGGGUUCGUGAAGAAGGCGGUGACGGAGAGCAAGGAGAGAGGGCGGCAGGUGUCGCGGCUGGAGGAGUCCAUCAAGAGUUUGGAGGAGGAGAAGCGCAAGAUCGAAGCUUUCAAGCGCGAGCUCCCUCUCUGCAUCCGUCUCGUCUGCGAGGGCGUGAUCGAGGAGUUGAAGAGGGAGAUCGAUCGGUUCCGCGCCGAGGGUUUCGGGCGUGUGUUCCUGGAAUUCAUGCCGAUUAAGGGCAAAAUCAACGAGAGUACCUCGGAUUUCAAAGAUAAGAAGAACUGGACGAGCUCGUUCCAACUCUGGAUCCGCGAGGAAAGUAAAGAUACCAAAAACAUGAUAAGAUGAACUUUAAAGAGAAAUCAGUAUGUGAUUCUCGGAACGGCGGAGACGCGUCCCUGCCGGUAUUGGAACUAUACAGCUCCAAGGCGGAAGAUGAGUCUGCCGCUGUGUUGUCUGACCUCUCUCUGUGCUCUACCGCGAUCACUCAUGGCUUUGUGACUCCGGCCAUCAAUAACCAUCCAGUUAGUUGCCGUAAGUGUACUAAAGAAUCCCUGGAAGCAUCUCUGGUGGCGGCGCCUGGCACACAGUGUGGCUUGCAUUCGCAACAGAAGCAGCCUAGGAAGAUGAGGAGGUGCUGGUCUCAGGAUCUGCAUCGGCGGUUUGUGCUGCUCCGUGGUGCUCAUGGUGUGGAUUCAUGACCGUUCUCUUAUCGUAAUUUACUUGGCCCUAUAAAUGGGUUAACAGGACGGGGUUUGUGUCCAUUAAAUCGGUUUGUGUCCCAUUACAAGGAGGGCUAAGACAUGUGUGUGGAGCCUUUUGAUCCGAUUGUGCUUCAUAACUGUUCUUAUAGUAAUUUACUUGACCUUAUAAAUUGGUUAAUGGAACGGGGUUUAUAUUGUCAUGGGUAAUUUUUUUUUUAAAAAAAAUAUCAAAUAAACUAUUUUAUCAAAAUAUAUUACCUAUUUUUUUGUUUUGGAUUCUUUUACCAUUACAUAAGAUUGUACCUCAUUGACCCAUUUUUUAUUUUGGAUGUUUUUACCAUUAAAUCGAAUUGUAUCCCAUUGUAGGUGUGGAUUCAUGAUCGUUCUCUUAUAGUAAUUUACAUGACCCUAUAAAUGGGUUAAUAGGAUGAGGUUUAUAUUCUCAUGAGCAUUUUUUUUUUUGAAAAAUAUCAAAUAAAUUAUUUAUCAAAAUAUAUUAUCUAUUUUUUUUGGAUGCUUUUGCCAUUAAAUGAUUGUUUCUCAUUGCAGGUGAGACACAUGUGGAGUCUUUUGAUUUGAUUGUGGAUUCAUAAUCGUUCUCUUAUAGUAAUUUGCUUGACCCUAUAAAUGAGUUAACAGGACGGAGUUUAUAUUUCCAUGGACAAUUUUUUUGGAAAAAAUAUUAAAUAAACUAUUUUAUCAAAAUAUAUUAUCUUUUUUUGCUUUGGAUAUUUUUACUAUUAAAUCAGAUUGUAUCCCAUUACAGGUGUGGAUUCACCGUUUUCUUAUAGUAGUUUACAUGGCACUACAAAUGGGUUAAUAGGACGGGGUUUAUAUUCCAUUAUGGAUUCAUGGCCGUUCUUAUAGUAAUUUACUUGGCCCUAUAAAUAGGUUAAUAGGGCGGAGUUUAUAUUCUCAUGGGUAAUUUUUUUUGGAAAAAAUAUCAAAUAAACUAUUUUAUCAAAAUAUAUUACUCAUUUUUUGAUUUGAAUGCUUUUAUCAUUU